ACUUUUCUGCGCAGGCGUAUCACACGUACUACUUUCAAAAUGGACAGCAUGAGUUCGAUGUUCGACGAUGUACGGCGAAUGAACAAGCGUCAGCUGUUUUACCAAGUUCUGAACUUCGCCAUUAUCGUCUCUUCCGCGCUUAUGAUCUGGAAAGGUCUGAUGGUUGUCACCGGGAGCGAAAGUCCAAUAGUAGUCGUUUUAAGUGGAAGUAUGGAGCCUGCGUUUCAACGUGGAGAUCUACUCUUCCUUACAAAUUACAAAGAAGACCCAAUAAGAGUUGGUGAAAUAGUAGUAUUCAAAGUAGAAGGAAGAGAAAUUCCUAUUGUACAUAGAGUUUUAAAAGUUCAUGAAAAAGAGGAUGGAUAUAUUAAGUUCUUGACCAAAGGCGACAAUAACUCUGUAGACGAUAGAGGAUUAUAUGCACCUGGACAAAUGUGGCUUGAAAAGAAAGACGUUGUAGGAAGAGCUAGAGGUUUUGUACCUUAUGUUGGCAUGGUUACAAUUUUAAUGAAUGAUUAUCCAAAGUUUAAGUAUGCAAUAUUAGCAGCCCUUGGUUUGUUUGUUCUUAUACAUCGAGAAUAACGUCCACCUUACUGCCACUAAGUGACAGUCAUAAAGUUCCAAGUCAUUAGAUUUUUCUGUUGAAAGCUUUUACCAAUGAAAAAACUCUUCUCUUUGCCUUGAAAAUCUCUAAAAACUAAAUGGACAAUAUGCACUUAAUUACAAGUACGUUGUCCUGAGAUUUAGGGAUUUAGGAAGUCAGGUAUACAUUUAAAAUUAAGACAAAGGAUGAUCAAUAAAGCUGAAUGCUUUCUUUGUAUUUUAUUUCCUAAAUAGCAAAAUUUCUUUUUCUUGGACAACGUUGUGUAAUUAGGUGUACUUAAGAUAUGAAUGAUAAAUAUUUUUAGUGGCUCAUCAAGCAAUAAUGUUCAAUAAUUUAUACUAAUUAAAUAUUUUCAAUUGACCUAUGAGUUCGACCUGACAUUAGAGCAAAAGUUAAGCAAAUAGCAUGAGCCGUUUCCGAGAUAGCAGUUUGCAUUGCAUUGUGGUCUAGAUUCGGCACAAACAUCUUUAGUUCAUGCUGCCAAAUAUUCUGUUGUUUGUAAUGAAGCUAGAUCACAAUGCACCGUGAUUUUGUAUAUUUUCAGAAAAGGCUUAUGAAAUCAACCAUUAACAUUUAUUUAUAUUCAUGCAGUAAAGUGACCUGUUAGAUGGUUUUUAUGUCUUAUAGAGUGAUUUCACAUCUGUUUGAGACUGAUACAUGUAUGUGCAAUAUAGGUAGAGAUUUGCAUGAUUUCAAAAAGCCUACAUUGUUAUUUGAAGUACUUGUACAGAUCUCAACUCAUAUAGUAAAUAUAAAAACAAAUUUCUGGCUAAAAUAUCUAAACUAUCUAAAAUACUGGCUCAAUCCAUUAUUGAAGUGAUAGAAAGUUUAUAACUCUUACAACAUAAUAUAAUGUUAUUAUAGUAUAAUGUACAGUGCACAACCUAUCCUUUGGAAAUCAUAGAAUGCAUGUCAUAGUAUGUAUUUGUUGAAAUAUGACCAUUCAAAAUUAUUUAUCACCGGUUAUUAGUAAUACACCUCAAUCCUGUUCAAAGCAAGCAACCACUGUUUUAGUAGAGAACAGACUAACUUGUAUAGAACCCUUACCAAAGACGAGAAAGCAUGAAUAAAUAGCUCUAGAAAUUGGAAUUUUUUUUUCGAUUUGAAGUUUAGAGUUUAAUCCUUCUGGGACAACAGACUUGGCCUCAAAUCAGAGAAAACGUAAAUUUGUAGGGCUAAUAUUGUAGUGACAUUUUUUCAUGCUUUUGUUUUUGGAAAGACAUUUGUACUAGAGAGACUGUUGUCAACUAAAACAGUGGUUGCUAGCUUUGAACAGGGAAAAAGGCAUAUUGUUUCACAGAUAUAAUCGGCAUACAUCCUGAACAAAGACUGAAUAUGAAGCAUUGUAAUUUCUUAUUCACAUCUAGAGUUGUGCAAGAGAGCUUAAUAAGAACAUACAUUUAAUGUACCAAUAGUAAUAACUGUAGAUGUAUUAAAAUAUUUAGUCUUA